AUGAGUCCAGCAACUAUGAUACAACCACCUCUAGCUGCGCUAUCCGUGACACCUCCAACCGUCGCGACUGUUACACCAACAAUCGUGAAUCCUACGUUGGCGCCCCCUUCUUUGGCCGUACCACCACCACCCGUAGCCGUUGCUAAGCCGCAGUUGUACAACCCCCCUCCAGUGAUUCCAGCAGCAACGCCAAUGGCGUACGGCUACGGUGUUCCCCCACCACCUAUGAAUGGUUAUCCUGUAGCUCCACCUGGUGCUCCAGCUGUGAGUGUGCCACCUGUCCCUCCUCCUACGCUCCAUCGAGGAUUUGCUGGAUUCGCUCAGCCAGCUGCUCCUGUACCACCGGCGAGUGUCCCACCACCGACAACCAUUGGUGUUCCUGUUCCUGGUGUCCCUCCGAUAACUCAAAUGAUGCCGCCGCCGCCUCCUCCUGCAGCUCCAAGCUCGGCGCCCAAAGGAGAGCGUUCAUUUGAGGAGAAGAUGGAGCGCAUCUUAGAACGCACGAAAGCAAAACAAGAAGCGAAGCUUUCCCUUCCGGUGACCUUUGGCGCCAUUGAUCCUCUGUAUGCACCCAAAGACCCACUUGAAAGCAAUGAAGAGUCGGGCGAUACGCUCGCCAUCACUGGAAAAUCCAACCAAGAUGUUCAAAGUAUGGCAUUGGCACUCAUAGGAGACAGUGCAUUGGCCUUGAAAGGAAAUAAGGCAGCUGGACAAGGUGACUCGGCUGAACCUCAAAAGAAGAAGAAGAGGGUGGUGGAGGCAAAGAAGAUCCAACCCAAGCUUAACACGGCGCAAGCGUUGGCCGCUGCAGCCAAAGCUGGCGAACUCUCUGAUGCUGUAAUUAAUGAACAGAUGAAUAGUGAAGAUGCAACGUUAGCCUCGCAAGAAGGAUUAGCUAUUCGGGGGAAUGACGCUCGGCACCUUCUCAUGGCGAAACUCAUGCGAACAAAUCGGUCUACUGUGCUGGUCUUGCGUAAUAUGGUUGUAAUAGCAAAUGAUCAAAGUGCCGGAAUAGUGAAGAUCUUUGUCCGUUUCGCAGAUCCCAAACAGGUUGAUGCCGCCCGAGCAGCUCUUGAUAAACGUUUCUUCGGCGGAAAUACAGUUUCAGCAGAAAUUUACGACCAGGCUAUGUUCGAUCAUAACGAUCUCAGUGGAUGA